ACACUGUAAAGUAAACGUGAAAAGAUGCCUUGACGAGAAAAAAAUAAGAAUUAAGUUUGUUAUUCAGACCCUGUUGAUACUGAAGUGACAGACCGUGAAGGAAGCGAAACGAAUCUCUAUCUUUUAGCGAGCACGGCCAAUUGCCUUAUACACUUUAAAAACAUAGUCUAUUACUGUGAAAGAGUUUUGGGAAGUCAUUUUAUCAAAACAGCAGUCCAUACUUAUACUUCAAAAAUCUUCAGAAUAUUUUAUGAGUCAUCACGUUUAAAACAAUAUAUAGGAAAAUGUCAAAGAUGCUAAGUUGUAGUUUUGACGCAGACGCGCAUAUACCAUCAUCUUUAAUUGUGUAAUAAUACAUAUGAAAAUCAAAAUGCUCCCUUAAAAUAAUAAAAAUACACAUGGAGAACGCAGUUUGAUCAUUUGAGACUCACGCCACUCUAUUGAUUAAGUUACGUAAUUCUAUUAAUAAAACCUAGCCUCGAUUUGGGGUACGUAUCUCGUGAUCAUGUGUUACACCCUUCUUUGCUCAUUUCGUUGGUGUCCUGGUGUGGGAGCGUUAACUAUUCUUAAGAGCGUUGCAACAUUAGGAACUUGGUCUAAAAUGGUUACCUAAACUACUGGGUUUUACCAUGGAUCGAAAGAGAAGCUGAUCAAGUUAUAACAGUCAAGGGAAACUAAAAAUAAAGACAAAAUUAUGGUUAUAUAGAAUAACCUCUGAGAACAGAUCGUGGGACUCUAAACACGGCCUAAACUAUGGAGAGAAACGCUGAAGGACUAAAAGACAAGCCAGAAGAAGAUAAAGACGACAUUUAAGCAGAAAAACAAUGAUAUAUUCAGAAGAACAGCUCAACUUUUUCAAACUGUGUCACAUCGUCUUUGAUAUGGUCGCUAAAGGUCUGAGAAAGAUCUUUAAACAAGAAUGGGAUGCUUUAUACACAACUGCGCAUGGUCAGUGGGAUGACACGCCUGUCAGUUAUAAUGUCUUUAAAUCAAUGGAGACUUCAACAAAUGGCAAAGACAAGAUUCUUCUAAAUGGGAUGUCAAGUGGGAACAGAAAUGAAUGGGAUUGUACAUAUUUGUUUUAUGCUAUACUGCGCUCGGAUAGCAUUGGACCAAAGAUUGAUGCUGUAGUGAAAAGUAGCGUUGAUGACCUUCGUGAAACUCGCAAUGCUUUGGCACACCCUAAAGAUGACAAGCUGAGUGACGUGGAGUUUAGAUUAUCCAUCCAAAAGAUCAAAGUAGCAUUCUCCUCUCUCAAACUUGAUACCACCGAAAUCGAAGAGGUAAAACACCAGGCCGGUUUGCCAACAGAAAAUGUUCACGAAUUAAAAAAGAAACUACAAAAAAUCAAAAGAGAGUAUGAGGACGAAAAAAGACGAAAUUUAGAACCAAACUCGUUUUGUCUGCUGCCUCCUCGCCCCUCUCAUGAUACAAUUGAGCGAUCAAUAGAGACUGACAAGUUGUACCAAGAGAUGCAGCGAUUAUCGAGCGAAAAGAAUGGAGAAACCACAGUGGUUUACCUGUCUGGUAAUCCUGGUUCAGGAAAGAGCGUACUGGCAAGACAGAUUGGUGAAAAGUGGUACAAUGACACCAAACAAUUAAGUUUCGUGGUGACUCUGAAUCCUUCUAGCUUUGAAUCAUUGCUGCAUUCGUACAUUACCUUUGCAAAGAAAUUAAACUGUCCAUUAGAUUCUAUAACCAAAAUUUCUAAAUCAAAAUAUCUUCCGGAGGAUAAAAUCCUCCAACUGAAGGCUCUUGUCAAUGGUCAAGUGAACAAGUAUUUUACAUGGCUGAUUAUUGUGGACGAAGUGAUCGAUCAGAAAUUCCACGACUACUUGCCACAAAGCGGAGAAAUGCAUUCUGGUAAAGGCCAGAUUCUGUUCACGACGCAAGACAAUGACUCCAUUCUCAAAAGCACUCACAUAUCUCAUCAUGUCUCGCUCGCAUGUGGCAUGGCUCGAAAAGAGGAUGCCAUUCAACUACUAUCUAAAGUAUCAGGUGAUAAAGAUGUAAGCAACAAUACAACCGUGAUGGAGGUAUCUGAAGCAUUAGAAUUCCAGCCACUAUCCCUAUCCUGUAUAGCGGUUUACAUGCGAAAUAAACGCACCAUCCAUGAACAAUACACGUGGGAACAAUGUCUGGAGGAUCUGAAGAAGGAAAAUGAAACGCCAAAAACUGGUCAUAGGGAAACAAAUACGGCCUACAAAGAAACCAUGAUUUCUGCAGUGAAUUUAGCUCUACGGACAGAAAUGGAUAACGAGAUUAUGUUACAUGCAUUUCGUUUCCUAUCCGUCCUUGCAUCAGAUUCCAUCUCUUUGAAGUAUGUCGUCGAGUAUGUAAUAAAGUCCAUGGAAAAUGAAAAUAGAGAUUUGGCUGCUUCAACAAUUUCUUCAUCGUCGUUAAUGUUUUUAUCGGCAGAAGGUACAAGAAAAAUUUCCAUCCAUGAAGUUGUUUACCAAAGUUUGCUAACCAAUCAAAAGGUGUCAGAAAGACCCGUGAACAUGUUUACUGUGGUUUCUGCACUCUGUGAACUCACAACUAUCAAAGAAGAUACAAUGGUCGAUGCUGAAAGACCAUCAGUAAAUCACCUAGUGAAAAUUGCAGAAACAAUUACUAAUAAUGUCAUCACAGAUUCAGUUAGUGAGUGUGAUGUAGACGACAACGUUUUGGAUGUUCUGCAGACAUUGUCAUCAACUUUAUACAAUCUUUUCAAAUUUGAGUGUGCGCAACACUCCCUGCAAGUGCUUUUAGCUUUACAACUAUCUAAGAAUAAUAUCCAGGAAAUAUUGGGCGCUUUGAAAGAUGAUGAUAACUGUCACACAUAUAUCUCAAAUAUAUCUUGCAGCAAUGGAAAGUCUGCUAAUACAGUUGCUAAUACUUUGAACAUCUUGGGUAAUACAUAUCAAGAACUUGGACGAUUGCAGACAUCAAUAGCGUGUUAUGAAAAAGCCCUUACUAUCUACAAAGCUGUACAUAGUGUGAAACCUAAUGUUCUUGGCGAUACCUUUUACAACUUAGGUAAUGCAUAUCGAGAAUUAAGACUGUUUCAGGAGACAGUAAAAUAUUACGAAAAAGCUCUAGAAAUGUACAAAACAGCUGGAAACCGUCUAUUAGUGAUAAAUAUCUUGAAAAAGUUAGGCGAUGCCUGUCAGGAAUUAGGAAGAUUUGAGGAGUCAGUAACCCAUUACGAAGAAGCUCAUGACUGUCAUGACAUCGACACAGUUGCUGCACAUGGCGAAAAACAGUCAAUCGUGCGCGAUAUCUUAAACAACCUAGGCAUCACAUGCCGAGUAUUAGGACGAUACGAGGAAUCAGUGAGAUAUCAUAAAAAGGCCCUCGCUAUCUUUAAAGAUGCGAACGGCGAAAACCAUCGAUUGGUUGGCGAUACCUUGAACAACUUAGGCAAUACCUAUCAAGCACUAGGGCGAUUGCAGGAAUCAAUAACAUGUUACGAGAAAGCGUUGGAUAUUCAAACAAGAGCGUACGGUGAAAACCAUCAAGCGAUUGGGGAUACUUUAUCGAACUUAGGCGAUGCAUAUAAAAGCCUAAAACGUUUCGAUGAUGCACGAAACAGCUACCGACAAGCGUUGGAUAUCUUUAAGAACACUGAAGAUCACCAUUCAGUUCUGCGAACAGAAAAUAAAUUGCACAUUCUGGAUUCUGACAGCAGCAUUGCCCAUAAAUUAAUAUUUUGCAUAAUUUUAUAAUCAGGAAGGGAUUUAAUACUUUGAACUAAAAUAAUAAUAAUGAUAAUUUUCACAAGAAGAAGUUUUUGUUUUUUUCAAUGUGACUAUAUAUACAUGUACAGUAAAGAACUUUAAUUAAAAACAAUUGAGUCUAGAAUUGGGUUUGAUAAGGCAGUUGUGCAAAAAGAUAAAUUUAACACCGUAAAAAAUAGGUGAAAUAACUUACUGAAGUUUCGGACGUUAAUUCGUCGUUGGUAAAUUUAUCUUUUUGCACAACUGUUUCUUUAGAAACACCGACGCAGCUCACACUAGUUUACCGCUAGUUCCCACUAUUUUAUAAGGCAGCUAACUUAUACUUAAAUGUGCACUAAGCAGCCAGCAGCCAGCAGCCAGCAUACAGUAUUUUGUGUUUUUCUGCUGGCUACACCCAAAAAACGUAAUUGGAUUCAUAAGUGUUACAUCAUCAAAGCUAAGAUCGAAAUGGAGCAUUGGAAAGCAAGUGGCUAAUAAAAUGGAGUGCAUUUAAUAUAUGCAUGAAAUGUUUUGCAAAUGCAUGAAAUUCUUUGACUUCGCAUCGUUUAGUACUAAUGCAAUUUUGUGCAAAUUCUUACAAAAUGUUUCAGGGAUAUAUUGAAUGCACUCUAGUUAUGUACACCAUUUUUCAGUUCCAAAACGCCUCCUUAUAAAGAUGUUAGGUAUGCUCGAAGGACCUUUUAGGGUCGAAAAUAAAGCCCUCGUGUACCUUUUAGGGUCCUGAGUUGACUAUAAUAAGAAAUUAUGAAAUAAAAAAUCGAAGAAGUAUUAUAAAGAAAAAUAUUUUAUUAACCUUAACAAUCUACUGUGGUCGUACCUUUUAGGGUCUGGAAUCGACACAUGAAUUCAUUUAUGCGAACCUUUUAGGGUCAUUUUUCUAUCCGUCGGCCGAGAAUACCUACCAACU